AAUCAGAUGCGAAAUCGAACAAUGCGAAACAGGCGAAUCAUUAAAGCGGAACCAUUAAGCAUUUUGAUACCAAUGAAAGUUGAGUCUGUAGUCAACUUUAAAGCCAUUUUCUAAUCAAAAAAUCUUGAGUAUAUUUGGUAGUUUCAUCUUUGGUUGAGCUAGUAUUAGCUGCAUUAGGUAAUCGGUAUUACAGAAUUGUCCAGGCAACUCAGUCAAUGCAACUCAAAUCUGACAUACAUCAGAGAUGAAAUGUUUCUAAAGUCCACAAUCAACUUCGAAAGACUUACGACUAAAGCUUCAGCAAAAAUAUUUAAAAUAGCAGUUUAAAUGGUCUUCAACAAAGCUUCAAAUGAGGAAAAAGAGCCACUUUUACAGAAUGUUGAUUCACCGCCCCGGUUACCGAUUCGGUAUAUUAUUUUAUUCUUUUGUUUUAUGGCCAACACAAUCAACAAUGGUAUGCGCAUCAACUGGAGUAUUGCCAUUCUAGCUAUGGUUUCGAAGAAAAAGCUUGACCAAUCGAAUUUGUCUGCAGAAGUGCUUCUAGGAGAUAAUGGGACUGAAUCAUAUGACUGGGACAUGGAAACGCAACAAAUCAUAUUGGGGGCUUUUUACUACGGAUAUACCUUUACGCCUUUUCUUGGAGGUUGGUUAGUUGGUAAAGUUGGAGGAUUUCGUGUAUUGUUUACAGGCGUGUUAUUAUCGUCUGUAAUGAUGCUAUUGACAGCAAUAUCUGCAAGAAUAAGCGUUGCUUUAUUGAUACUAACCAGAGUAAUUGAUGGAACUGGACAGGGCGUUGUUUAUCCGGCAACAUAUAGUAUCAUUGCAAAGUGGUCAAAACUUAACGAACGUAGUACUUUUAUAUCCGUAUCAUCCUCAGGUUACAGUAUCGGGGCAAUAGUAUCAAGUUAUGUGUCUGCUUGGCUAUGCUCAUCAUGUUUUUUAGGCGGAUGGCCAUCUACAUUCUAUGGAGUUGGUAUAAGUGGAAUCAUUUUGUGCUUUGGGUGGUUCAUUAUUGGAUCGAAUGACGCAGCCAACAACCGAUGGAUAUCAAAUUAUGAAAAGAAACUGAUAUUAUCAUCUCGAACAGAAGAUACGCAAAGUGAAAAUAAUUUAGACAAGGUACCAUGGAAGAGCAUUCUUACAUCGGCUCCUGUAUGGUCGUUAUGUGUUUGCAAUGUUGGUUUUGAUUACGGAUAUUAUUUCCUAAGUGCAGAUGUUCCAAUUUUCUUUAAAACUAUUUUGGGAUUUCAAAUAAAAACGACUGGAUUACUAACCCUGCUACCUCAAAGUGCUAUGUUUAUAACAAUGAUUCUUGGAGGCGUCCUUGCAGACAAAUUGAUAUUUAGUGGAACAUUGAGGAUAAUAACGAUGAGGAAAAUAUUUGGUUUUCUUGGCCUUGGAGUUUCAUCAGUAUUACUCGUCUCUCUUGGUUAUUUUAGAAACGAUAUCACAAUUGUUGCUAUUUUGAUGGUCGGUGUGUUCGCGAUGUAUGGUUUUUUCAUUCCUGGAAUUGAUGCAAAUACAAUAGAUAUUGCUCCAAAUCAUUCAGCAUUGCUAAUUGGAAUUAUGUUUUCGAUAUCUAGUCUUACUGGCUUCAUAGGUCCAGCUGUAUUAGGAGCAUUGACAAACAGUACGAAUACGAUAAUCCAAUGGAGAGAGGUAUUUUGGAUUGUAGCUGGAGUACAAGCAUUUGGACUGGUAGCUUUUUUAAUAUUUGGAAGUGGUAAUGAACAAGAUUGGAAUUGAAUACCGAUAUUACCUUGAUUGAUGCACCCUCAGAAAAUACAAAAAAGAAACAAAUUAGUCUAGUUUUGAGGAGUGUUUUUUUUUCUAUUGUUAGCAGUAGUAUUUUAUUCACAGACUUAUGAUUUAGAUAAUUCUGACCAACCUACCAAUGAAGAAUUGGAUCCUAUUCCUCUUGAUCAUCAUGGUAAAGAUGUUACAGUUGAUGAUGCUUAUCUCAAAAUAACAGUGCAACAACCAAGGCAGGAGAGUGUUCCUAUUCGACUUUUAUUGUUCAUCCAGAAUGAGAGCCAGAGAGGCCGGACGAACUAACUACCGAGGCAACCGUAAUGGAUUUGAUAAUUAUAUUUUAGCCGAAUUUGAAACUUUAACAGCCAGAAAAAAAUCAUUCAAUAAUACAGCACAUGAAAAAGAAUCUGAGUUGUCUAAAUAUGCGUAAAAACUAAAUGAGAAAUUUAAGUUCAAUGGAAUUUAGUAAUGGUUAAUGGGUUUAGAUUGUUAUACUGUAAAAUACAAAACGUCUCUCUGCGAUGAAAACGGUUAAAACGCUCAUCCGUCGAAAGGACAGCAUUUUGCAAUUGGAUGAGAUAUUAGCAAUCCUCAAUGCUAAUAAGAGCCGGCAUCAAAAUGUAGGCAUUGGAAAUUUACACCUGAAAUACAAAUACCUCUCUAUAAAUUAGAGGGCAGUUUGUACCAAAGUUUAGUCUAUCUACAUAAGAUCGUGAUAACGUAAAACGUGCGUCAUAGACUCUCGUCUGUCAAUGCAUUAAUACAUAGACUCUCGUCUGUCUAUGCAUUAAUAUAUAUAUAUAUAUAUAUAUAUAUAAAAUAUAUAUACAUAAUAUCUAUAGUCCUAUAUGUAUAUGAAAUUAAAAUAGAAUGUAAAAAACGAUGUACAAUUAUUGAAGGUUGACUUGUUUCUUAUCUGCGCCUUCUGGGUCAUUAUCUUUCGUGUAAUUUGCAUAUGCAAUGUAAGCAUAGGUAAUAGGUAAGCUUACUAUAACUUAAUGGCGCCAAGAAGUCGAAAGCUGAAAGUUGCAUUACUGUACAAAUAAAUCACAUACAGUUAUUAGGUAAUAAACCUUAAACUAUUAAAACGCACCUAAAUAAUAUGGAUUGAUUUUAAUUUUUUACUUUGUAUAUUUUUUUGUGAUAACCUAGUCUUCAGAGAGGAACAGCUCCAUUACUUUAGGGCGUAAUGGGUAAAGCCAAUGCCCAGGGUGGACCCAUGAUUUAAAGCAGGGAGUUGUGAAUUUGUAAAAAGAAUCCAAUAACGAAGAAGUAUGAACUUCAAUGCAAAAUUGAGCUUUCCCUACCUCUGAGUGGUCUGUGAAUGACGUAAGUUCUUAAGUAUUUAAGGUUUCACCCUGUUAAAAUGUGAUUUUAUCUUAUCCUUGUUACAGUAAGCAAACAUGUUAUUUUUGUUUGUAUAGAGACAGAAAACUCAAUAAAGUAUUCAUUUAAAAGAA